CCCUCAUCACCGAUUAACCACCCACUCCUGUGUCGCAUCCCCUUUUGUCAACGACCUUUCCGCGGACCCGGCCUCGAAUCCAAACCUCCUUUUCCUGCUCGGCGGAAAUACAUCUACAGCUUCAGCGUGCCGCGAUGCUGCCCCCUCUGCCGGCAGGAUGUGGGCUCCAGGAAGCUGGAGGAAGCACCUGUUAGCAUCUCCAAUCCGUUUACCAAUGGCCAUCAAGAAAAAUGUUCAUUCCUCCUCAGGCCAACUCAAGGGACGUUUCUUAGGGAGUAUGAUGGAAGGUCUGAUCUUCAUGUUGGAAUAACUAACACAAAUGGGGUCGUCUAUAAUUACACUGUGCACGGUGUCCAGCGAGACGAAGCAGGCUGGGAGCAGAGUGUAAGUAUCCCAUUACUGCAGCCCGGCAUGUUUGGACUGAUGGACCAGUGGGACAAGUACCUGGAAGACUUCUCCACCACGGGGGCCUGGCUGCCUCACAGGUAUGAAGAGGAACACCACAACUGCUACAGUUACACCCUCACAUUCAUUAACUGCAUUCUGACCACAGAAGGCAAGGAGCAACUGGACAAGAACGAGUUCACGGAGAAGUUUGUGGUCCCCAGGACCAGGAAGGCUUCCAAGUACAUCACGCUCUACCGGGCGAUAGAAGAGCGUGGCUUCUACGUGAUCGACCACCCGGAUCAAGAGCCGAGUCCUCCUCCGGGGAGUGGUUUGUGCUGAGUGCGCCCUGUCAAAGCAGAAGGGACAGGAUAUUUGGGGGUUACUACUUUUAACAGACCAUAGAGACUUCUAAAUACAGUAACCUGUGGUUAAUUAAAAAAAAAAAAAAAAAAGUGACAGGGCUCCCCUUGAAGCAUACUUCAGUUUAUCGCAGUAUAAGAAUUUACAAAAUUAAUAAAAAUUGCCCUGGGUUUUCAAAAUUCUUUUCAUAGAAUUUCAGUUUUCAAACUGAGAAU